AUGCCCGCUCAAGGCCGAAAUCCGAAUGCAAUUUCCCGCCCUCCUGUAUCCCCACAUGAAGCAAAAAAGAACGCACAUAACCCGCGUCUCGUCCUCUCGUUGCUCUCCCGUGCUCGGUGCCGAAGUCUCUUCAGCCCAACCGUCCCCCCUUUCCCUCUCAAGUCUGCCAAGGAUGCGGUUACCCGGACCGGUUCCGAAGCAGAGUUGAAUGGGUGUCAGAUAAGUUGGGGCAUCUUGGUUGCCAGUCCGAGGCGCGUUGCCUUUUUGCGGAAACAUUGCCUAGGUUUAAGGGUUGGUUGA